AUGUUUUUUGAGAAUUGUGGUGUGGUUGAUAACUCUUGCCAAUAUGCUCAAAUUUUCAAGGAAAACAGGUACAGUUUUUGCUGAAAUUUUUGGUUUCAUUUGCAUAAGGGACCGUUCAUGGGGGGUCAUCUGAAAAAAUCGCUAUUUUGCUCGCGUCCACUCGAAAAAAAUGGGUAUGAAGGGGUGGGCCACUGCAAAGUUUCAGGGAGGGUACACUAAAUUGCACCAGCCUACCCCCUGAUAAAAAAUGAACGGUCGAUAAAUAAAUAUGCAAGUUUUCUGAGUUUUUAUUCCAAUUUUUGUUUUAAUUUUAGUAUUUUACAUUUCCUAGAAUACAAGAACAGCAUCUCUCAGAGAUAACCAAACCAAUUUUACAGGAAAUGGGGAUAACAAUCAUUGGUGACAUACUAGCUGUUUUGAGCCACAUUCGAGCACAGGUAUCACUGGACGAAAAAUUGGAUUUACUCAUAUUUACGCAAGGUAAAUAAAUAGCAAAUAUUAUAUUCACUCAAAUUUGCUGCAAAGUAAACAAGGGGAAGACCGUAUUUGAAUAAUUUUGGAUAAAGAGGAGCAAAUAAGGUCUUCUCCUUGUUUACUUUUCAGCAAAUUUGAAUAUAAUAUUUUCUAUUCAUUUACUUGGCGUAAAUAUGAGUAAAUCCAAUUUUUCGUCCAGUGUAUUAAACAUACAACUUUAGCUGAGUCAUAUGGGUAAUUAUAUAUAAGCAAAUAUAAGAAAAUUUACCAUAAAAUUAUUCUUGCUGAUUUAUAACGACCACUAGAGAGGAAUUUUAUUCCAUGGGGAGGGGGGGGGGGAGAGAGUUAAUUCAUUAUAAAAUCAGUUAACUGAAAACCUUUGAAUGGUACAUGAAUCACUACAUACCAAACCAAUAUGUUCUACAAGUGACAGCUUACAACCUUUAAUAUUUCUUGACAUUACAUCAGAAUUUGUCAGUAUUCACAUUUGAGCUAACCUAUUAAUACGUUUCUGAUAAUUUUUUUAAUAAAUGGAUGCUGAAUCAUCAGUAUAACAAUAGGUUUUAAUAACAAAAAGCCUUGUAAAUAUAUAUUCUGCAAAGUGUCUGUGAAAAGUAAUAAUUAUUAAUUAUUGGCCUUAUAUAUAUUAACCAGGGAAAGCACAAAGACACUAACAUCAGCAUAAGAAAGGUAUUAAAAGACAUGCACACUUGCUAUUUUAAUCUGUAGAUAGAUUUAUUAAUGAUACAGUUCUUGUUCAUGUUGGUGUACUCUUAUAUAUUAUUUUUAUGCUAACAUCGCCAUGAUUUCCUUCUUAUUAGCUAGCAAAUACUGAUGAAGAAACAGAUGUAAUGUCACAACAAAAACGAAAGGUCAUUAUUAAAUCCCAACCGUGUUAAAAUAUAUAUAUAUAUAUAUUGUUUAUCAAUUAUGUUGAAAAUUCAUCUCAGAUUGUAAAAUGUCUUAUCUUGCAAAAAAUAAUGUUGGCUCAAUAUGUUACUGUAUCUUUCAAUUUUUUAUACAGCCAUCUCUGAUUAAUAUAAAUGACACUGGAGUAAGCAUCCAUCGCACAGGGCAGUUAACAUUAACUAAUAAUCUUGGCGAACUUGGUCCUGCAGUUCAGGUAUAGUCUAUUCAUAUGCUUAUAUUUCAACAUUUAUUUAAUACUUACGGUAUAAGCAGUAUACAUUGUUGACAUUUCAGGCAGAGUUGAAAUGUGUGUCUGUGUGUGCUGGUUUUGUGCAGAAGCACAUGUUGAAAUCUAGUAGCAUGAAUAGUUUGUUAACAAAGGCAUUCAUGGGAAGUAUCCGAAGAUUUGUUUAA